AUGUACCCAAAAGCAUUAUACACACACUGUGUAGCUCAUUCAUUAAAUCUUUGCUUAUCAGAUGCGUCUAAAUCUCUAGAUAUUCGAAAUGCUUUUGGUAUAAUAAGUGAAUGUUGUUCAUUUUUGAACUGGUCGGCAAAACGAACUACAGUCCUUAAAAAUAAAAUACUAGAAAUCAAACCAAAUUCACAAUCCACUAAAUUAAAAUCUUUAUGUGAAACUCGAUGGGUAUUACGCCAUGAAGUAGUUAUGCUUUUUAAAGAAUUUUUAGAACCCAUUCUUGCUGCAUCAGAACAACUGCAGAAUGAAUACGCCCAAGAUAUUGCUAUAAAGUUAAAUGUUGAACCAAAAAUACCUCGAACAUGCAGCAAUCAAAAAAAUAGAAGCAAUGUCCCGUUUAAUAAUAUUGAAGAUUUUUACAAAAAAACUAUUUUUAUACCGUAACUGGACGAUUUAAUAAUGGCAUUAAAUAAAAGAUUUUUACCUCAUAAUGAAACUAUAAUUUCAUUACAAUUUGUCUUACCUCGUAUCAUAGUUGAAAAACAAUUUUUUAAUUUAAAAAAAGCUGUCGAAUUUUAUAAAAGUGAUUUACCUGGGCUAAACGACAUUAUAGAAGCAGAUUAUGAAAUUUGGCAGGCUAAAUGGAAAAAUAUUGAAGAAAACUUAAGACCUGCAACUGCUAUAGAAGCUCUAAGAGCCUGUGAUCGUUUAAUGUACCCUAACAUAUUUGAAUUACUAAAAAUACUAGCUAUAAUUCCAGUAUCCACCGCUACGGCUGAACGCAGCUUUUCGACUAUUAAAAGACUUAAAACAUAUUUAAAAAAUACAACUUCUGAGUCCAGACUAGUAGGACUAGCAUUUUUAUCCAUUCACCGAGACAUUGAUGUAAAUGAUGAUAUGGUAUUAGACAAAUUUGCCAACAGUGGUAAAGAGAGAAAUUUGAAUUUAAUAUAA